AGCGAAACUGAAUCAGUCAGUCUUGCAUUUGGCAGCAUUUGGUAUCGGUAGUUUUAGUGGUUGUAGAUUGGUAGCCUGUAUUUACCACUGUGCCGCCUUUAUAUACUGUGACGUUGUCUGAAUAGUUUAGUUAUUGUUAUGUUCUGAAUAGUUAUAGUGGGUGUUUUGUUCUGUUGUGAUUAAGUGCAAAAGUGAAUAACAUAAACAAACAUUCCUCACUCAACUCGUAAAUAAAUGAUGGGUCUUUGCUAGCAUUAUGGAGGCUGACAUCAAGAAAACAUUCGAAUCUUACGAUGAAAUUGAGGUGAUCUCGGAGACCAAGGAGAUUCCCCAGGAUGAAGUGUCAGACAGCGCCGCGUCCAGCAGCGACUCCCUGUGUUCCCGAAGGACGCCGUCGGUGACGGUGGUUCGCCCCGAGGACAGUCCUUCGCUCAGCCCGCAGGACCAGGAGAGUCCCUCGCUGCCUCCCAUCAGUCCACUCUUCAAGAUGUUCGAGACAGACGUGUGUGGAACUCCUGCCAAGGGUCCGCGGUACAAGCUGAUAACCGAGGGCGACCUUCAGGUCUGCUGCCUGAACCACACACGUACAGUCAUCAGCAAGAUUUUAAGUUCCAAGUUCCUCAGACGAUGGGAGUCUCACCGCCUUUACCUCAAUGACUCCUGUAUCUCAUCCAAAACGCCUAUGGGUUUCCUAGACAUGUCCAUUCCUUACUCUGCUUUGCAAGAAGUCUAUGUGGUAAAACGAUGGGACACUAACCACAAAUUCUGCAUUCGCCUUGUCGUGCCUAACGGAUCUGUAUUAUUACAGGCUAGUAAUGCCUACAUCCGGGACCAGUGGUUUAAUUCUAUUUCAUGGAAGAAAGACAUCUUCAAGUACCAAAAUCUGCUCACAUGUUCCACACGCCCGGAAGUGAUACUUAAAGAACUCAAGAACUUGGUAGAGUUAGCAACUACUACCCCUCUACAUGAUGAGUGUGUUUAUCAAGUCCCUAUAGAUAUUGUUUCCAGGCUACUUAUUGAGGAAGACCAGUGCUGGUCAGGUAGAUUGUUCAGUGAGGAGCUGAUCACUACUCUAGCUCCACUUCUAGAGAACUGUCCUCCGUCUCCUGAGAUGUGUCGCCUGUUCUCACAUCACUGUAUGACUCAUCCUCGAUCACCUCUGAUCAGUGAUGCUCUUACACCUAUCGUCCAUAGGAUACUGAAGCACAAUGUUGACUUUGGUAAAUAUCCCUUGAUGAAGAAACUAGUCCAGGAUUACAUCCAAGCGCUUCACUCACAUAAUGAUAAUGAAGAUAUAUUGAAUAAAUUUGUUUCUAGUGUCCAUGGCCCCAGCAGUGGCUGUCCUCACCCAAGAGUGCUUCCAAAUCUCGUGUCUGUUUGUCUUUCUGCAAUAUUCAACAUCUUUGAAGUCUCCUCGAUAAUGGAGGAGCGGAAUAUCGACCAACUGCAAGACGACAGAGCCGACCGCAUUGACUGCUAUCUACAAGUCUUCCGAGAAAUCUCAGAAUAUGAUGAUUGGAGACCGGGGCUUGCACAACUACUACAACCGGUUCCAGUUCCUGACCUUGCCCUUGCCAAUAACCACUUCAUCAAGAACCUGACUCCUGUUAUCCAGAGGAUAGGAACCAGCUCAGACUGUGAGGUUCACCAGAUGGUUCUAGGAGUGAGGGAGGGUAAGGAGGGAUGGUUUGACAUCUUCUGUCCUAAUAGCGCAGCCUGUAUAGACGACGGCCAGCUGUGGGGGAAAAUGCUGGAGACACUGCUGGCCUGUUGUCAUCGGCGUAAACGCUUUGUCACACCGCUCAUAGCCAAGUCGCAAGGUCCGCUUUUGCUGUUGUCGCUGCGUGAGUGUGCAGCGGCACACACCACCUUGUGCCUGGCGCUAGAGUGGGACUUGCUUGGAGAAAGUGACCAGAGACUCACAGUUGUGACAACGCUACAGAGUACACCGUCUGGCGCAGCUGCAUAUCAGGACCUGUGCAACCGGCAGAGGCAUCUGCAAGAGCUGCAACAGCGUGGAGGCCCUCGUAAGCUGACGUUGCCCAGUCGCUCUACAGACAGUGAUGUCAUCAGAUUGCUCAGUUGCGGCGCGCUCGGGAACCUUGAGUGUCUUAGUCUAGCCUUUACGCACGUGACGAGCGCAUGUGCCGAACACAUCAUCAAACUUCCCUCUCUGCGCUACCUCAACCUUUGGGCUACCCAGUUUGGAGAUGCUGGCCUGCUUACUAUAUCAGAACACUUGCCUAAACUUCAAGUCCUUAACCUCUGUGAAACUUCGGUCACUGACAAAGGCAUUUCUGCUCUUACAGCUAUGACCAAUCUCCGCAAACUUAAUCUCAACAGCACCAAACUGAGUGCACACACUUUCGAGGAGUUGAAACAGAAGCUGCCGUUGCUUCAAGAGCUCGACGUACGUUACACAGAGGCUUGGUGAAACGUCAGAACGUCAGUAAUUUGUUACAAGUUUGAUGACUUUAUGUUGUAUGUGUGUCCAUGGUGGCUUUAUAUAAUCUCAUUGACUUAUACAAGAAGAAAAUAUUUAAGAAACGGUUUAUCAAUUUCGCUUUUAAAAUGUGACACGCACAUUAGGCUAUUUUAGGAAUACUAAGAAUAUCUUAGACAUGCAUUUUGUAUUUCGUUGCGAUCAUUUGCUGAAGGGCUUAUAGUUGUAAUUCUUUAAUAUCUGAAACACAUAUCAAAAGGACCAUUUAAAUUAACUGUGACCCCCUAAUGAAAUAGUUACUUUGAAAUGUUUCGGGUUUUGAUUUUUAAACCAAUAUAAAUUUAUAUGUAAAUUUUACAUUUUAUGGUUAUAAUAAAAUUUUCCAAAGUUUAAAAUUGUGUUAUCUUGGCAAAAGUGUGUUUUAGCACGAAUUAAAGUAAAAGAAAAACAUUAAAACAGAGUCACUGGAGAUGUUUAUUUUGGAUUCACACUAACAUUUAAAGGUAAUACUUUUGACUAAUAAUACAACUAGACAUUCAAUUUAAUCAAAAUCGUUGUAGUUGAUGUGAGCCACCGACAGAUUGUGCUUAUCUAAAUUACUAAUUUCUAUUGAAUACACAAACUUUUUCAUCAAGUCAAACUAAUGGAAUUUAUUUAUUUAUUUUAUUAAAUGACUUUUAUUAAGUGAGCUAUAAUAGCAACUGUUAUGAUCCAUAAGAUUAGGCAGGCACAAAAAAUUAGGCAGAAAAUAGAAUUUUAGACACUAGCGCAUUCUGUGACUGGCUCACAUAAAAUGAUCUUGACUAAUAAACCAGCUACUAUAAUAUCUUUAUCAGUAACAAAGCUAUAAUCUUUUAUUUAACACCCAUCUUAGAAUUAUUGUAAAAAUCUAAUCUAAUGUUCUAUGUCGUUGGCUAACCUUUUGGCUAAGGUAAUUUUCAUAUCUGCUGAAAAACAGCUCUUAGCUCUCGAAGUCUUUUAUUGUUUCACAAUAUUUUGUCAGGAUUUUUUUAAAUUUACAAUCUUCAAACACAACAAAUCCAGUGUUCUCCAGUGUAUCAUGAUAUCAAUCACUCAAUUGCAUGAAUUUAAAAUGUAACUAAAACUAAACACUUGUCAACUCUUCCAAAAUAUUGUCGCAUCGAUGCUAACUUGAAAGAACAAUUGUUCCAUUAUUAUGGCUGUGAAUUUGUUUUAUAUAAAUAGUUUAUUGGAAAGUUUUAUUUCUUAGGUCAGGUAUAGUGAGUUGCUUUGACUUAGAACAGAUAAGUCGUAGAAGGAAAGCGUAGUUUAGUGAGUUGAAGAACUGAUUUGCAUUUAGUUCUUGAAUUUGUAGACUUUCAGUUAGAUUGCAGGAUCUCUUGGCAAUAGUCGUUUACUUCUAGACUACAAAAGACUCAAAGGUGUUAUACAUAUGAUGAGUUUGUAAUCGGAUUCAUCGCCAGUGCCUUCGUUGAGAGCAGGGAUGCAAUGCCGCCAACCUCCCUACACCAAACACCAAAGCAGUGUUGCCACUUUGUUUCAUUUUGGAGGUAUCUUUUGGUUGAAAUUAAUUUGAAUGGGUUUGCUCUUGUGUAAAGUGUAAUAAUAGUAAUUUUAACUGCAACAAAAUUUUAUGGAUAGUAUUUUAGAGUAACUGCGUAUGUAAAACUAAAGCUACUCUAUUGAUAUUAUCAAAACGAAGAUCUGUUGGUACUGUUUGUACAUAAAAAAAAGGAAGAGGAAGCUCAGAGAUGGUUGUAAACAUUAUAACAAUGUGUGCAAUGUUUUGCAUGGUGUUGGCUGGCUGCGGUCGUUCACCAGUCUCGUUUCAGGCAGUGACUGAAAUUGAAGAAAUUACGCAUCCAGAUUGCAGCGUGACUGAACAAGAGAUUGCUAAACUGAUAGGAGAGGUCUCUAUACUCUCUAUAGGAGUACAGUAAAUCCUAGUCGUAAAACGCCGAACAGUAAGCAAAUAUUCAUAAAUAUUAAUAUUUCAUAAACCUUAACCAUUGUCUUGUUUUGAACUGAUGAACACCUGCAGCCAGCCAAAUUGUGCAACUGUGUACGACCUGCUAACUCCUAAGCCACUUAUGCCCUCUUUCUGCGCCUAAACACUUUUCUGCAUACAAACCUAUCAAUGGACAAUAGAUUUUGAUAGGUAAUGGGGGCGUAAAUUUUCCUUCACAACUUUUUUAGUGGAUGAAGUAUCUGUUAUAGAUCAAAAUCGUUUUGAGAUUUUACAACACAGAUUAACAGAUUUUACAAGCUGUUGCUUGGCCAGGGCCUGAUUACCCAUUAGGCUAAUCAGGCUGGAGCCUAGGGCGCCAGUCAGCCAAGUGUUUAAGGGGAUGCCGGACAGCUAAGACUUAAAGUUAGGACCGGGGGCGUAAAAGAUGUUUUAUUUCAAAAAAGGAUUCGUGCACAUAGGUAGGUAAUGAGGCGGGGAAGGGUGCGUUCGGCCGAUUUUCAUAAUCAUUAUAUUUAUAGUAGGUCUAAUAAUUGAAUUGUAAAAACAUUUAAUGAUACUUUUUGUUGCAGAUAGAUACAGAUAAAUGAUGUAAACUAAGUAAUUCCAUCUAAAAGCCCUAAUAAAAUUGUUUUAGGACUAGGUGAUUAACAGAGGUAAUUUAGAAAGUAUGUAUAUUAUUGUUUGGUUUUUUGAUGUAAAAUAAAUACAUUAUUUUAAAUCAAAAUGUUUUACAUUCCUUAAACAACCGAUUUGCUACUAUUUUAAAAGUUCCUAAUCAAAACAUGCAUUAAUUUAUGAUCAGUUUUCUUUUGUUUUUAAAUAAACUGAAUAGUAGUAUAAUGACUUUGGCCAUUUUCUAUUUUUGAAUUCAGUACUAGUAUUCAUACUUCAAAAUUUUGAAAGUGGUGGCAGAGAGGAGGCGUAGUGGUAGGGAGGAGGGGGGGCACGAAAAACGUCAGCCUACUGGCGACUAGACCCUUAAUCAGGCCCUGUGCUUGGCUACGUCAGUAGCUCGAUAGAAUCCCUAAUCUAUCACCGUAGAUAAAACAUACUCCCUUAGUAGAUUUCCCAUCCUUAUGGAACAACUGAAGCCAAUCUUACUGUUAGUCCAGUGUACUGUAGAGUCGUGUUUUGUUUACAAUUCGUUUCUUGCUAUUUCAGUAAUUUAAAACCUCGUUUAACCAAAUAAAACUAUCUAAUCAUAAACAAUGACUUGUCCACUAUCUAUAUAACCAAACAGUGAGGCACAAAUCAUGAGAAACUAACCCUAAAAUAAUAUAAACAAAUUAUAAACAAAACACGACAUCUACAGUACAUCGGACAGAACUAACAAUAAAAUUGGCUUCAGCUGUUCCAUAAAGAAGGGAAAUCUCUAUGCUAUUACGUAAAACAGUUACAACUUGUAAAAAUGUGAUUGCAAAGUGCUGGUUAUAAUUUUAGAGAACCAUAGCAAACCAUGAAAUUAUAACUCUUAUGGCAUUUAAAAAAAACCAUAUAUUUUCUUAGCACUGAGAUUUCAUGCUUUGUUCAGAUAUGGUUUGUGUAGGCUGUGAUUUACAGCAAUUUCCUUGUAUUUUUUAUAUUACACUUUGUGUGUUUCUUGCCUAAAGAAAAUACCAAAGAUUUACUUUUCUACAUCCACACUUUGUAUGUAUAAACAUCAUAAAAAUCUAUAUAAAACAUAAAAUGUUAGACUAAUAAUACAAAUAUUCAAAUGUUAUUCGUUAAUCAGAUUUUGAUAAAGCGGGUUCUAUUAUCAAUGCUGUUAGAGCGGUAAAAAUAAAACUUUAAUACUGAAGCAAACUCAUUCAAUAUCAUUGUUAAGUAUGUAAGUAUGUAAUUGUGAUAUUGCAAAUUGUAUUGUUAUUGUUAAGCCAUGUGUUAGGUUAGAUUUGUAAACAUAACUGAACUGUAUUAGUGAAUUUAUUUAUUUAUGAUUAUAAUACAUUACUUGUGUAAACACUUUGUUUGAAUUUUGUAUUGUCAAGAUGUGUAUAACUGAUUUGUAUCAAGUUCUGCGUGACUGGUCAAUU